AUGACCUUCACAUUCUUCGCUGGACGGUCCAGCCUCCGCCGUCUCCACCAAACCGUCCAGCGAAACAUCUCCCGCCAGCAUCGCAACGAAUCCUCCAAAUCGAAGCCCUCCAGCGAUGCGCCUCCCACUCCAAACGAAGCACCACCCUUCAGCGGCUCCUACUGGGCCUGGAUCGAGCCCGUCAAAAUUCCCUUCCGCGGCUACGCCGGAAUGCAAUCGCGCAGCCCGCUCCUCACGCAAUGGGAGUCUACCUUGAUCAUCUACUUCCUCGGCGACCUCUCCGCCCAGACCGUGCAGACGAAGGUCUUCACAACCGAUCAAUACGAACCCCGCCGCGCGCUCAACGCCAUGAUCAUCGGUGGGAUCUCCUCCAUCCCAUCGUAUAAAUGGUUCCUCCGGCUGGGUCGACACUUCAAUUACUCCUCCCAUCUGUUGAUUCUGGCUGCGAAGAUUGUGUUUAGUCAGAUGGUCUUUACGCCGAUUUUCGAUACGUAUUUCUUUGGGAUGCAUACACUCCUGGCUGGGGGGACUUUGCGGGAUGCGAGGGAGAGGGUUGUCAAGACUGUGCCGACGAGUUUUGUGAAUAGUUGGAAGGGUUGGCCGCUUGUUACGGCGUUUACGUUUACGUUUGUGAGGCCGGUGAAUAGGUCUGUGGUCGCCGGGGUGGUGGCGAUUGGGUGGCAGACUUAUUUGAGUUGGUUGAAUAGGGAUGCUGAGGCGGAGGCGAAGAGGGAGGUGAAGGGGGAGCUGGAGGAGGUGGUGGAGACGAAAGAGGUGGUGCAUGAUUUGAGUAAGAGGGAGCUUAGGAAGACGCCGGACAGAGCUGCUAUCGAGAUGGCUGAGAGGAAAAGGAUACUAGGAACACUUUGA